CGCACCUCUCGUCCUCUGCCGCCACGGACGACACCUCGACCAGGAUAUCUUGAUCUUGAAGUUAUCCUCUGCCUGAUCACAUCAGAAGAUGGCACGGCUACGUGCAUGGCCGCUCUUCGUUGUUGAGUAUAUCUUUUGCCUGCGAAUAGGUAGGUUGCCGUUGGUGGCUAUGCAGCCUUUUAUUGGUCGGCUAUCUAAACUGGUACCAGCGUUUCAAACCGCAUUUGUCCUCGAUCGGCCUUUCCCGCGACAAUGAGCUCGACGAUGCAGCCGCAUCUGACGGCCUUGGACAUUUGGGCCCUCGGCAUCACGGUCGUCAUUGGCGGUCAGUACUUUUCGUGGAACGCCGGCCUCGUCGCCGGCUUUUACAGCUACUUUGGCGCGCUCGUGCUCAUGUCAACCGCGUACAUCACGAUGGUGCUCUGCCUCGCCGAAGCCUCGAGCAUGCUGCCGUUCGCUGGCGGCGCGUACGGCCUCUCGCGCUGCUCGCUCGGGUUUUACCUUGGGUUUAUGAUUGGGUGCUGCGAAGCGCUGGAAUAUUUGGCGUACGUGGCGUCGUCCGUGCUCAAGAUGGGGCACAUGCUCGCCAUCAUCUUCCCGUCGCUCGACGGGUACGAGCCCCUCGUGUGGCUGUGUAUCUACGCUGCGGCUAUGGUCGUGCACCUCUAUGGCGGCGCCUUUUUUUGGUUGGCCAACCGCGUCCUUGCCGCUGUCUCGCUAUUCGUGCUCCUCGUCUACAUCCUCGGCGGUCUCUCCCUCAUCGAUGGCGAUAUCAACGCAGAGUCGCCGCUGCUGCACGCAUUUAGCUUUUCCGAGGUGCUCGGCGCCCUUCCGCUCACAGCGUGGAUGUUUGUCGGUAUCGAGUCGCUCAAUAUGGCCUGCGACGAAGUUCCGCAUCCCAAGACGGCGAUUCCGAGAGGGCAGAUAGCUAGCGUCGUAACGUUGGCGACGACGGGUCUCGCAACCUACUUCGUCUCGGCCUUUGUGCCCCCCGGGCUCGAUACGCUCGCGACUGCGGUCGUGCCCUUAAACGCGGGGUUUCAACGGCUCUUUGGUCUCUCGGAAGCGACGGCGUGCCUCCUCUCGAUUCCGGCCACGUACGCGACGAUCGUCGGGUUCAUCUUUGCUUUUCGCAAGCUCGGCGGCGCCAUUGCCCACUCGAAAUUGCUGCCGCCGGUUUGCGCAUACGUCAGCGCCACGCGUGGCACGCCGGUUGUUGUGCUCGUUAUCGGGUGCAGCCUCAGCUACGCGGUUUGCCUCGCAGCUUUCUUUGUACCGAGCGUCAACACCCACUUGUUUUCCGUGUGUAUUUUGAGUAGCUUUUGCUCCUACAGCGCGCAGUGCUACGGCUAUGUCUACCUCCGGCGUCGCUUUGGCCACCUCGAUCGGGCGUUUACAAGCCCCCUUGGAAUCCCCGGUGCGAUCUUUGCGUUCUGCGUCUGGCAGCUCAACAUUAUUUCGAUUCUCGGCUUCCAGACAUCGCCGGGUGUCGCGUUUGGCGCGUUUGUCUUCCUCUGGGGCCUCCUCACGAUGUACUACUAUGCUUACGCCAAGCACCACCAAACCAUCUCGGACGACGAGCGCAAGAUCUUAUUUGUCGCGCACGUGGCCAACUACAAUGCCUCGCGCGCGACGCAGACCAAGUCGGGCAACAAAAGCCAAAUAAAGAAAUCGGGGCACUCGAGUCGGCGGGUGCUCGGACAAGGUGCUGCCAUCAAGUACCAGAUCAAGGUCGCAUCCGCGAAUCAAACCAACAACACGGGCACCACGAUGGGCGAGCACACCACAGAGCAGUAAACUGACAUACACAACCCAUACGAGUCACGCACCGCGACGGACGCGCGCCAUGAAUAAUCCAAUAAUGAGACGCAAUUUGGAUACACUAACGUUCAAGUUGCUGCAUCUCUGUCGUUCUCAGUCACCGUUGGAGUGAGUUCGCAAAGUGAAUAACGAAUGCAAACGUCAGUAUCAACUCA